CUGUUGGCGACAAGGUGAACUCUCACACCGCAUUCGCCAUUGAACCUUUGCGCCGUCGCAGAUUGUGGAGUAGUCGAAGACAAGCUAUUCAGAUCGCCUUUCUGGAAUUGUACCAGUUCACGAACCUCGCCUUGGUCUUGCAUUGUCGCCGUUGCAGAUGCCCGGAGCGGAGGCUCCCUGCCCGUAGCCCACCAUGACUUCCACCACAUCACCCAGUAUGCUCACCAAGUUCGAGUCGAAAUCAUCUCGCGCCAAGGGUAUCGCUUUUCACCCGAAACGACCAUGGAUCCUCGUCUCUCUACACUCCUCGACUAUCCAAUUAUGGGAUUAUCGAAUGGGAACCCUGAUAGAUCGAUUCGAAGAGCAUGACGGACCAGUGCGCGGCAUUGACUUUCACAAAACUCAACCUCUCUUUGUGUCAGGCGCAGACGACUACAAAAUCAAAGUCUGGUCUUACCAGACCCGGCGAUGCCUUUUCACACUCAACGGCCACCUGGACUAUGUCCGGACCGUCUUUUUCCACCACGAGCUCCCUUGGAUCAUUUCUAGUUCAGAUGACCAAACGAUUCGGAUAUGGAACUGGCAGAAUCGCUCGCUCAUUUGCACAAUGACUGGCCACAAUCACUACACCAUGUGCGCGCAAUUCCACCCCAAAGAGGACCUCGUUGUUUCUGCCUCGCUUGAUCAAUCCGUCAGGGUCUGGGAUAUCUCCGGUCUUCGCAAGAAACACUCAGCGCCGACGUCCAUGUCUUUCGAGGAUCAAGCGGCUCGCGCAAACCAAAACCAGGCAGAUGUGUUUGGAAAUACCGAUGCGGUGGUCAAAUUCGUGUUGGAAGGGCACGAUCGUGGAGUCAACUGGGUUGCGUUCCACCCUACGUUGCCCCUGAUCGUUUCGGCCGGUGAUGACAGGCUUGUGAAGUUAUGGCGCAUGAGCGAGACAAAAGCAUGGGAGGUGGACACAUGUCGAGGACAUUUCCAGAAUGCAUCGGCGGCUCUUUUCCACCCUCACCAGGAUCUCAUUCUCUCGGUUGGAGAGGACAAGACAAUUCGCGUCUGGGAUCUCAACCGAAGGACAUCGGUGCAAUCCUUCAAGCGGGAAAACGAUCGCUUCUGGGUCAUUGCUGCUCACCCGGAAAUCAACCUGUUCGCUGCUGGUCACGACAACGGUGUGAUGGUCUUCAAGUUGGAACGGGAACGACCGGCCUCUGCGGUGCACCAGAACAACAUCUUUUUCAUCAACAAAGAGAAGCAUGUCCGCUCAUACGACUUCCAGAAAAAUCUUGAAAGCCCAUCGAUGUUGUCAUUGAAGAAAAUUGGAAGUCCAUGGGUUCCUCCGCGAACCAUUUCUUACAACCCAGCUGAGCGGUCGAUUUUGGUAACUUCUCCUUCCGACAGCGGUCUCUACGAGCUCAUGACGCUACCAAAGGAUGCGUCAGGUGCGGUGGAACCGACCAGCACUCACCGAGGCUCGGGUAAUGCAGCAGUGUUUGUUGCUCGCAACCGUUUCGCUGUAUUCAACCAGGGCAACCAACAAAUCGACAUCAAAGACCUACAAAAUUCUACGACGAAGACCAUUAAGCCGCCUGCCGGAACCACGGAUAUGGUGUUUGGCGGUACUGGCUGCCUGCUGCUCAUCACCCCUACCCACGUCUACUUGUACGAUAUUCAGCAGAAGAAGCAAUUGGCGGAGUUGGCUGUUGCUGGCGUCAAAUACGUGGUUUGGUCGUCCGACGGUCUGCACGCCGCCCUGCUCAGCAAGCACAACGUGACCAUCAUCAACAAAUCUCUGGAGCAGGUUAGCACCCUUCACGAGACCAUCCGCAUCAAGAGCGCUGCUUGGGACGAUGCCGGUGUCCUGCUCUACUCCACCCUCAACCACAUCAAAUACGCCCUCAUGAACGGUGACAACGGUAUCGUCCGUACUCUCGAGCAUGUCGUCUAUCUUGUCCGCGUCAAGGGUCGGAGCGUCUACUGCCUCGACCGAGCUGCAAAGCCCAAAGUUCUCACCAUCGACCCAACAGAAUACCGCUUCAAGCUUGCUCUGGUCAAACGCCACUACGACGAGAUGUUGAACAUUAUCAAAAAUUCAAGUCUGGUUGGACAGAGCAUCAUUUCAUAUUUGCAAAAGAAGGGCUACCCUGAAAUCGCGUUGCAGUUCGUUCAAGAUCCGCAGACAAGAUUCGAACUUGCCAUCGAGUGUGGUAACCUUGAUGUGGCUGUCGAGAUGGCGAAGCAGCUUGAUCGGCCUCCGCUCUGGCAACGUCUGAGCACCGAGGCCCUCACCCACGGAAACCAUCAAGUCGUGGAGAUGACUUACCAGAAACUGCGCAGCUUCGACAAACUCUCAUUCCUGUACCUCUCCACUGGUGACAAGGAGAAACUUCAACGAAUGUCCAAGAUCGCUGAGCAUCGAGGCGAUGUCACUAGCCGAUUCCAGAACUCGGUGUAUCUCUCUGAUGCUCAAAGCCGAAUUGACAUGCUCAAGGACAUUGACCAAUAUCCACUCGCAUAUCUCACAGCCAAGGCACACGGUCUCGAGGAGGAGUGCCAGGCAAUUCUUGAAGCAAGCGGUCUGACGGAGGAGGAGGUCACACUUCCCGCUCUGGGUAAGCCCGCAGUGGCCCCACGGGCCGUUGCACCUACCUACAAAGCCAACUGGCCUACCAAGGCCACCGGCACUAGCUCGUUCGAGAAAGCGCUACAGGCUGAUGGAGAUGAAGCUCCCGUCGCCAACACGAAUGGUUUCGAAGAGGAUGAUGGUGCUGAGGAUCUUCUAGCGCAGAAUGGUGCCUUGGAGGAGGACGGCGAUGAAGACGAUGCGGCUGCGGGCUGGGACAUGGGUGAGGACAGUGCUCCCGACGUCGAAGACUCAUACGUGAACGUUGAGAGCGUCGAAGCUGGCGCUGGCAGCAGCGAAGCAGAUAUUUGGGCCAGAAACUCACCGUUGGCAGCUGACCACGCUGCAGCAGGUAGUUUCGACACUGCAAUGAACCUGCUGAACCGACAGAUCGGAGCCGUCAACUUCAAGCCACUUGAGAGUCGGUUCCUCGAGAUCUACCAAGCUUCAAGGACAUAUCUUCCAGCGAAUGCUGGUCUGCCACCUUUGGUCAACUACGUGCGCCGAACAAUUGACGCCACUGAUUCGAGGAAAUUCUUGCCAAUCAUCCCUCGUGACCUCGAGUCCAUUCUCGCUGGUGAAAUUGCCAGCGGUAAGAAUGCGAUGAAAGCAAACAAGCUGGAAGACGCUCUGGCCGCUUUCAGGAAGGCAAUCCACCUCCUCAUGGUUAAUGCAGUCUCGUCACAAAGUCAGGUCCAAGAAGCACAGCAAACAAUUCACCAAGCUGCACAAUAUGUUCUCGCUCUUUCGAUCGAACUGGAGCGCAGAAAGAUCACCGGUGGUGCCACCGACCUGAGCUCACUCCCGGAGGAUGUCAAGAAGAGGAGCUUGGAGCUGUCCGCCUACUUCACCAUUCCUGCCAUCGACCCCGGCCAUCAGACCUUGGCAUUAUACUCUGCAAUGAAUUUUGCCAACCGCAACAGGCAAUUCGGCAGCGUCGUGAACUUCGCCAACUCCCUCAUCGAGCGAGGCACCAACCCGAAGUUCAAGGAGCAGGCCAAGAAAAUGAAGGCCGUCGCCGAACGCAACCCGCAAGACGCCCUCGAGAUCGAAUUCGACACCUUCACCGAACUCGAAAUCUGCGCCGCUUCCUUCACCCCGAUCUACGCCGGCGAGGCCAGCAUCAAAUGCCCCUUCCUCGGCGUCAGCUACAAGAACAAAUACAAGGGCAUGGUCAGCCCGAUCGAUGAGGUCACAGCUAUUGGAGCGCCCAGCAGCGGGUUGCGGUUGACGGUUUGAUGAAAAGUUGCUGCGGAGAAACGACUAAGGAAAAAAAAGUUGUGGGGGGUCCGUAGCCUGUCGUUGUC